CCCUGAAUCCUGUUGCCUCUGCCAUGAUGAAGGCUGAUCUAUAGAAGUGUAAUUCUUAGAAUGCAGACGCUACUCCGGUAAGAUUAUUGCCCAAAUAAAUAACAAUGUUUCAUUAGUAAGACACAGCUGCGUGCUUAGUGCAGAUAAAUAGGGAGACGCUGUCCCUGACCCCAGGAGCUAAUGUCCUAAAGCAGACACUAGCAGGGAAAAAGCGCAGUUCAGUUGCCAGCUAUUAAAUCCUGCCCUGACUUACACCCUGUGUGGUAAUUGGCUUCGUGGCAGGUUUGUCCCUGUUGUACAAGGUGUGAGGUAGGGACAGCCGUACUAUUUUCAGGGCCCCUACUCGGCAGUCUCAGGACCCGAUCCAGAGAGUAGCUGAGCAUUUGUAACUCCCAUUGUCUUCAGUGGGAAUGAUGGGUGCACAGCACUUGGGUUUAGGCCAUAGGCUUGCAUGACCCAUUUGCAAUCCCUUCCUGGCGCUGGCCCUAGAAGGAGGAACUUACACCUAGACUGAUUCAGGUACAGCUUUCUCACCCUAGCUGCCACAGGGGAGCCUUAAACGAUGAGUCGCUGAGUAUGGAGAUCCAAGCAAUUGUUUAUAUUGUUUGUAUUUAAGGACCAGGCCUGGGUAUAUGCAGGAUUCCAGGGGUGAAAGGCUCUUCCAGUGACCCCUGUGCGACUUUGCCCACCUGCCCAGUCUGAGGUGAUUUGAGCUGCCAGAAUCCGUCGGUUGUAGCCAUCACUUAUACCUUAUUUACUACCGGUAUAGCCAGCUAAUUGACUAUACUUGCUAUUCAACACUGAGACUGAGAGAACAAAUAACCAAGCUCAGAUUGGUUAUUUAUCUGAUUGGUUAACCAACCAGAUUCAUUGGCUAAAGACAAAGCAGUACAGUAUAGGAAAGAAAGAGUUAAUACAACACCAGUCCUUCCCAGAAAGCAAAUUCUCACAGCACGUUCAGUUCGCCUUACACAGAUGGUGUGCUUCCCAAAGCCCCCUUAAACUAGCCAUCUUUGAUAGCAUGGCUGUUUACACGUCACAGCGCUCUUCACAUCACUUCACGUUUAAUUAGCCAGCUUCAUCUUUGGUGCCUCCCUGUACUUCCCCAUCUUUGGUUUUGAAUAUUAAGUUCCAAACAUAAAGGGGCAUGAAGAUACGCCCUAGUGCAAAGCAUUCACAUUUCUUACAUUAUUUCCUUGCACCAUGUUGCUUCUUUGGUUCAUAACACUUGUACAUCUAGCUUUUGGCAGUUCUUGUAUUUGUCGAAGCCCAGUGCCACCCUAUAUUUGUCCUGGGGCAUUGGGAGAUAUAUGUCUUAGCACGUGUGAGCAAGAAUAGGCAUAGUACAAUUUAGCAUGAUUACCCAACACAUACGUAUUAGAUUAAUAUCAUGCAUAUAAUACCUAUUAAUAUGGGGGCGGGGGGGAGAGUGUGUGUAUAUAUGACCAUAAUGCCUGGAGAGGCCUCACUGAGAGUGCUUCAUCAGGGCAAACUGCAAAGAAUGGGGCAGGCAUUCCCCAAAAGUGGUGGUCCUUCCUAUAAUUAGAUUUACCCAGACAGUAACAAAACAGCUUCUAUAUUACCUUACUGGUUACCAAGAAGCCCAAAAAUACAGUUCCCCUUAAGCAAUUCCGCCCUGAACUCCCACCUAGACAGCCAAGUCAAAUGUAGUAAGGAUUACUUAAAAUCUUUUUCACCAUAUAUAAAGUUCUACCAAUCCCAAGAGAUCGGACACAUUACCCAGCAGGUCCAGCAACAUGUUUGAGGUGCCAUUGCCUCUGGAUCGAGAUGGGAUACUCUUCCGGCUCCGCUUUACCACCCUGGCUGUUGGGACUGUGUGUUGCCCGCUGUUUGGAUUCCUUUUCUGCGUGAUCUGGUCUCUGCUGUUCCACUUCCAGGAAACGACAGCUACUCACUGCGGUGUCCCCAAUUACCUCCCCUCCAUCAGCGCCGCGAUUGGCGGCGAGACCCCUCAGCGCUACGUGUGGCGUCUCUGCAUUGGCCUCCACUCCGCGCCCCGCUUCCUGGUGGCCAUCGCGUACUGGAACCAUUACCACAGCUGUCACUGCGCGCACCCUCGCUACCCACGGCUCUGCCGCAUCAACUUCACCCUCAACGUGCUCGAAAACGUCGCCCUCCUUUUGCUGACGUAUGUGUCUUCCUCGGAAAACUAUGCAAUCCAUGAAAAUUCCUUCAUCCUCUUUAUCACCUCGGCCCUGGGUCACAUGCUCCUGACUUGCAUUCUGUGGCGGAUGACUAAGAAACACACAGUAAGUCCCGAGGAGCGCAAGUCCUACAAGUGGAAGCUGCUACUCUUUCUCUUUAACCUCGUCACGUUCUCCUUGGCCGUGUGCGUCUACUUCCACCACAACUGGUACUGCGAGGCCGGAGCCUAUACCAUCUUCGCUUUCCUGGAGUACCUGGUCGUCCUUUCCAACAUGGCUUUCCACAUGACCGCCUGGUGGGACUUCGGCAACAAAGAGCUGGUGGUCAGCUCCCAGCCAGAAGACAAACGUUUCUAGGGUGGCCUCGUUGCCCGUGCUGCCGACGGCCUCUGGAGUCCUGCAGUUGGUGCGAGUGUUGGGGCCAGAUGAGCUACCGGCUCCUGGGAGCGACGCUGGGCAGGGAGGGCCGUGAUGUGCCUCGAGAGGAAACCAAAAGCGUCCUUCAUUGAGACAUCGCCAGGACCUCCCUGUGCUUGCGCUGCUGCAGCCAGGAUCCUGUUAAAAAUGCCUCCAAAAAUACCGGAGGGUGGGGAUUGUAGGGGAAUGGGAUGAUUACGCACAAAUAACACUGCAGCCUCUCCAUGGAUCUGUCAUUCCUCUCAAGUGCCAGGACAGGAGCAGUGAGUGGGAGCCGAGGGGGCAGGACCCAGGUGAGUCGACGGGGGAAGAUGUUGGUCUGUGUGGCUAGGAAUCCUCCUUCUGCAAGGCCGACUGAUGCAGGGAUCGGAUCUUCUUUACUGCCCCACCCGGCUCAGCACAGCACCUUUCCCGCACCUGCUGCCUCACCAGGGCUCUGGCCGCAGCCCCAGACUCUCGGCAGGAACCACCACGGGUAACAGUCGUGUGCUGAUUGACAGUGGACAUUCCUUGCUGUGGCCCUGGGAUUGGAACAGGAGUUCUCCAGAGGGAAGGUCUCCGCUGAGCUCCUGACCCCCACUUGCGCUUCCCGGUAUUCCCUUUCAAGGGAACAAGAUGGAAGGAAAGGCUGAGAAUACUGGAGGAAAACCCCUUGCAAGGAAUUCAGUGUUGCUCAUUCUCAGCACCUUGAUAGCAGAGGCCAGGGCAUAACUUCCAGUUCCCCUUCACUCAGACAUCUCCUUGAGGGGUUGCUGAAGCAUGACCUGGCCCCUUUUUCUGCACUGCCUUGGGCUGGCUAUUCCUCCGUUUGUUUUCUCCCCCCUCCAGUCCAACAGGGUCGGCUUUGUUCACCCUGCACAAUCCCUGGCCAAGGCCUCCAAAGGUGCUGUGACAGAGCUGAGGCCCGACACAUGGGCCAACACUCUGAUCGUUUCCAGUGUGACCACUAAUUGAGGAGGUAGGGAGGGAUUAGCUAAUCAGGUUGGGAGGCGGGCUGAGAUAGGCAAUUACUUGGAUAACAGGCAGGGAGGCCGUGUUGGGGUGGCAGGAGACGGGGCUAGAGCUGUGCCUAGAUUGAAGGAGAUCCCAAGGAAGAAAGAUCUGAUUUCCUCCCGGGGCCCUGCCGAACAGGGGCUGAAGGCAAGAGAGUCGUAGAGCUUAGGCGGGGUGGGGGGGUGUUGGUGGAGGGGACUUGAAUAAAUUAUACAGAGUGGACACUAAGAGAGCCUGAGCAAUUCCUGGGGCGGCCAAGGAUGGGGGGGGAUAUGCCCCCAUCACAGGUGGGACUAGUGACUGCCGGGGGAGGGGGCUCAACCUUCAAUGGGCCAGAAGCCCAAAAUGCAGAGCACCUGGCUUCUGAGAGAUGUUCCCUUUAAGGCCUCUCAGGUUGAGCACCCAAAAAAGUAAGAUGUCCCCCCUGCCCCUCCCCAAUCACUAGUUCCUCUUGGAAAUCUUGCCCCUUGGCUCCUAGGAACCGUCAGCGUGAGCAAGUGCUUGAGGCAGGUCUGAGCUGCAGAGACCGGGUCUGGAUCCAAACUUGUGCCGUUGGGAUGUGGGGCUCCAGGUUGGGCCCCUCUCUCGGCAACGCGGUGCCUCCAGCUGACCAGGCACGACCACAGAGGGUGAAGCCAGGGGGGAAGGAGCAAAGCCCAGCCCAGUCCAGCCCAGCCCAGCCAGACGGGUAUCUCCUCGACCACCCUCCCAGGAUCGUCACUGGUCUCCUUGUGCACAGCUGGGUCCCAUCCUUGCCUGGGUCACUGCAGCUCGUCUGGCUGCUUGGAAGAGGAGCUGUAAUCCCAGGAUAUACAGGGCCGUAGUCUCCCUGCUACACCGGGGUAGCUGCACUGGCUUCAGUGGAGCGGCUCCUGAUUUGCACAGUAUCAGCGAUGGGGAGCUGGAGGGGCACUGCUGUAGCUUCCUGGAUUUCGCGGAGGACAGGGUCUUAUUUUGGAGGGUUGGAAGCACAGCGCAUCACCCCGGCAGCACCUACGAGAGCCCACCCUUCGCGGGCAAGCCCCUGUCUUAUGAGACCGCCCCAAAGUCUCUCCCGGUGGGUUGAGUAGAGCAGUGCUCCACCUCCAUUAGCGCGCCCGCCUCCAGGCAGCGGUGGCGUUUCGUGGGGCUGUUGAGUGAUGCUACCAGGCAGGUUUCCACGUGGUUUGGGGCGAGGGGGCAGUCCCAGAUCCCAGGUCGUAUCCAUUUCAGUGCAGGUGCCCCAUGGGCAGGCAAGGGCCAGUUGGGAGAUUCUGGCGGUUCCAUCUCCCCAGCUGCAUCAGACCCAGGCUCAGUGCCGGCGGCAAAGGCUGUGGGUAGCGUCGCUCUGACUCCUUUGGCGGGUGUGAAUUUAGUGCGGCUGGAGUGAGAGCCCCAGGGACCAGAUGCUCCUGCUCGCCCGAGCCGGGGUCCAAGCCAAGCAAUGCCAGGGCCUGCUCCCUCCCUUGCUCUGCCAACGUGCCUCGGCCCUGACCUGCAGGUGACCCCCUCCGAGGGAGUUUGGGCUCUGGGCCUAGUCUGCUGUCUCUGAAUAAGGGCGCGUGGUGUGGUGGAUUUUGUGGUGUGGAGAUCUGCACUGAGCCCCACCAAAGAGCCAUUGGCUACCAGUGAUGUUCAGUCCCAACCAGCCUGGGCCAGACUCAGACCAGGGACCGAGAGCUGUUACGUACGAUAUAGAUAUUCCUACCAAUCUCAUCACUGCAGUGUCUGAGCACCUAAAGGCCCCGUGUCCCGUAGCCUGGCCCUUUCUGCCAGCCACUGCCCUGAGCUGGAGUAGAGUCCACCAUCGCUGGUUGGCUUCUUGGGAGCCGAUGGCCUGGUGCUGUCCAAAACAUAAGAACUCUGCAUCCAACCUAAACAGACCCUGUGCUUCGGAUACAGAGCACCGGCUGCCCGGCCGUCCCGCAGCAGCAAAGCAGAAGAUUAAUCGCCUGGUGAAUUAACACCAAUGACCUUCGUGUCAGAAAUGUGUUGGGAGCCAGGAUGGGGCGGAGGGCUGGCACGUGGAGGGGCUCCCAGGCCUGAGGGGGACAGCCUGGGAAAGGCACUGGAAUACCCGGGAGAAGGAUACAGAGGGAGUGGGCAAGGCUCAGAGGGUAGGUUUAGGCCUUGUGAGGAUUGAAGGGUGGAGCAGGAAGCCUGCCUGUGUUGUGAAGGGGAGAGGAAGCCAGGGCCGGGAGCAGAAGGGGGAGGGGCAAGGGAUGGAAUGGCUGCCAAGUCAUUGACAUGGCCGCGUGUGGGGUGGGUGAGGGGUGAGCCCGGUGGGCAGACUCACCGAGAUGACAGGAGCCUGCCCCAAGGGGGUUCGCCAGGGAGGUGGAUAAACCCAUCCCAGGAUGUCUGGCGGAGCAGAGCUAGCAGGGUCCUACGAGCCAAGACCCUUUGGCCAAAGCCAGAACAGAACACGGCCAUUCAAUCAUCCAGCGAUAGCUGCCUCCUUGGGACACAGCUGAUAAGUAACGGCAGGUGGGAAACUCUACUUAGAAACACUUCCCGUGCUUGUGAAUUCUCCUUUUUCUUUGGCAUGGAGUUGGGGGGGAGUGGAGUACGGAGAACAGGCCCCGUGGCAGGGUUACAGGGCAUCCGAAAUAGGGAAGGACCCUGGGUGAUGUGUCUGCAACCAGGCAGAGGCCAUCCUGGGCCCUCCCCAGCAGAACAUGCGGGAUGGUCUAGGAGCCAGCUGGGAAGGUCAGGAGAUGCUGGGUGCCUUCAGCUGGCGCUUUUCCUGCUCCUAGCGCUGGUGGAAUGCAGCUCUGGUCCAUCAGACAGCCGGGACUGGUCUGUGAGGAAAGGCCAGGUUAUCCUCUCGCAGAUCUGAGGGGGCACCUACCUCUGCUCUCUGCCAAGCGCCCUUUCAGAGCCCUGCUGGGGAGAUCAGCUGCAACCUACAGGUGACUCCCAGUCACUCAUCGGGGAGAAGUCAGCCCCCCCCCCCCCCCCUUCCCCCUCUGACCAGCGCAGUGUUUGAGAGCAGCAAGCACAAGAAUGUCCAAGCAACAUUCCCAGGAGUGUCCCAACCUGCCUUGGGCUGUGAGGGCUGGUUGGGGCUGGGAUAAAGUCUGCUCGGUUCUUUGGCUUUAAUCGUCGCAAUCUCUCUUCCUGAUUUUCCUGGGCAUUUUGGAGCUGCCGGCGCGGCCCUCUCUCGCCAGCCGCUGCUGCUUGCAAGUGGAAUCCGCCGUGCGCACCAUCCGUUACUGUAUGCCAUCACCCUGUAUUCUACUGGGGUGGGGAUCACACACACUCUGUGCCAUGGUACUGCCGGAUGUAUAUUUUCAUUGGUUUGGAGGAUGAAAUAAAAUGCUGAGUAUUUUUGUCAA